GAGAGAGACAGACAGACAGACAGAGAAAGACACCCACACACACACACAGAGAGAGAGAGAGAGAGAGAGAGAAAGGGCAUUUUUGGGGGGGUUUACUUUCACUUGGUUCUUGCCCAUCGUGUGCUGUUAUAGUCCGGUUUUCUCUCUGGCGGACUACAUUCCGCCUCCCGUUUUAACAAUGAGAUCUACCACCGUCUUCGAGGUUCUGUUUCUGGUGAAUCUGCUGCGGGAGGUGUCCGGCUGUGAUAACUGUACACACACACCUUUUUUCACACCGUCCCAACUGGUGGUGAAGCAUCUUGACCCAACCUCUGCUACGUGCCAUUUAUGCCCAUCUUGCCAGCGAGAUAUUUUUGAUUUGGAAGUUUCAUUUGGCAAAAAAGAGCACAACACGACUGCAAUUUUGUGGACUGUUAAUAAAAUGGUCGAGUGGAAUACACUGGUCGUGUGCUUCUACGUCGACCGCACCUCUGCUGAAGGAAAGCAGUGUUGCAGUGUUCUGCCUAUACUGGUUUACGAACCUCCAGACGGCGUGUCCCUUAGCAUCGUGAAUCACACUGGGCCAAUGUUGGAGGCUCGUGUGUACACCCUGCAGUGUGAGGUGCAAAACGUUGCUCCUCUGAAGAAGGCUCAUGUGACCUUCUACGAAGGGAGUAAACAGUUGAAUGAGACGCAGGUGAAGGACUCGCCGGCGCUGCGGCCAGUGAAUGAGACUUACAGUCUCCAAAUCUCUGCACAAAAAGAGAACGAUGGGGCGCAGUACUGGUGUAAAGUGGAGAUGGUUUUGGGACCUGAGGGUCCACAGCCCCCCCCAGUGAUGAUGUCACAGAACGUGACAGCCAUUGUCCACUAUCGGCCUCAGCGUCGGGGGUCGCCACCUACAGAUGACGUCAUCGUCGAAGAGGGACGGCCUCUGCACCUGGACUGCACAGCUGAGGGGAACCCCCAACCCUCGUACCAGUGGGUGCUUUUGCCUGACAGUGUUCAGGCGCCCGAUAGCAGCAUAAUCAACAUCACAGCUGCAGCUCCUGAACACAGUGGGCUCUACACAUGUUCUGUAACCAAUGAUUUGGGAACGCUGACCGUGGAUUUCAUGGUGAAAGUCAAAGAGAAACCCAAGCCUUACUUAGUUAUAGUAAUCGCUGUGGUUCUGAUCGUGAUGUUGAUCGUGGCAGUUGCAGUAGGCAUUUAUUUCUACAAACAGAAACGACAUGGAGAGUACAGCCCAUCCAGACCUUAUUUCCAAAGCUCACAUAGUCCUGUUCCUGCUUCACCCAAAACUGCAUAAUAAUGACGUGGGAAGUGCAGGAACAUUCUGGGAAAGCUGUAUGUGAUAUCAAAAACUCUUGUUUACCUCCAGAACAGUUCUAAACUUCUCCAGCGACACUCAUCAGCAUUUUAAACCAGACCACAAACUAAAACACACAUGUAGUAUUUAUAGAUUGAAGCCAAAGUCUGGUCGAACCGACGCUGCUUCACAUGGUCUUACUGUUACUCACGUUCCACUGAACUGAAGCUUCACUGUCACAAACCAAGGGCCUGAAUCCAAAAAUUCAAGUAAAUGUUUUCAUAGAGACCAUGUGACCAAGUGUUCAUAGAAACUGUUUCCUGUUUCUGAUCACCUGAUGAGCACAGACUCAAUUGUUGUUACUUCCUGUAAAAUAUUAAAUCAUUGUCAGAAAUACAAAGUAUUAUGUUGGGGCAAAAGGUUAAGUAAAAACACAGUAUCCACAGAAGUAUUUUCAGACUCUGAAACCUGUCGUACUGGGUCGAUGAAAGGCAUUUGUGGCCAAUCAGAGUAAACAAAUGCAAAGGUCAGUUGAUGUAGACAGGCUGAUGGUUUCAAAGACCACGUAUGUUUUAAACACUUAAUAUUCACUUUCAUGCUGGAACCAAUGAAAUGAGAAGUUGUGCAAAUGUGAUGAUAAUUGUAUAUCAGCACUCUGAGAGACUAUAUCUCAAAUUAAUUUUUUUAUUUUGAAGGACACACUAUCUUUGUGUAAAACUGCACUCUCCUAUAGAUGAAGAAAAGUAGAAUUCUGACUUAUCCAUUAAAAAAGCCCUCCCUGCCCUGCAGGAGGUGCUGUGCACAAGGUUUAAACUGGAUUUGGUGUUUGGUGAGUUCAACAGUUUUAUUUGUAUUAAUUCUGUAAAUUAGAUUUUCUAUUAGAACAUAAAAAAUACAUAUAUUUAACUUUGGAAACUAGUCCUCGAUUACUGGCUAUUUGUCUGCAUGACUGACACCUACUGGCUCCACUGUUGUAGUGCAACGACUAACAGAAAAAGAAAACACAAACUGGUGGCGGUGUCGCGGCCAGCGUGUACUUCCUGAGACCCAUCUGAAAUGAUGACGUUGAUUACUUUUACUUGACGAGGUUUAUGUUCUGUAAAAACUGCAGUUCUAUGUCACGUACGUGAUGAGGUUUUGUGCAGAGGUCAUAUAGAUUAUAUACUGUUGAUAAAGAAAACUUUUUUACACGUUUUAAUUUUCAUGUGUGUGAAUCAGCUAAGCUACAACUUUAUAAAAAGAUGACGUAUGAUUUGCUGGAGCAUCGUCUUUGUAAGUUAUCAUGAUUAUUUCACUUUAGUAGCGUCACUGUGAAGGGAAUGAAGAUUUAGCUCAUUGUGAGUGAAAAAAAAAAGUCGAGUGUGUAACAAUGUUAUAAUCUUCACUUUGCUCGUCUUGACGUGUGGUGUGAAUAAAUUUGUUUAAAACAAAAA